AUGUACAAACAAUGUCUGGAAAAGUUAGCGGCGCCUCCGCCCAUUGGCCCUAGUCUGCCAAUGGCUUCCGUUGCCCGUCCCAAGCUUAAAACCGCGUUCAAAAAAGCUCGAGUCAUCGCACCAUUGCAUACUGCGGGCCCGGUCGCUAUAACUCAGGAUGGAACUAGACUUGUAACUUGCGUGGGCGAGGAAGCUUUGUUGACCGACUUGACGGCAGAACAGGAGAUAUGCCGUUUUUCAGGCGACACGGAAUCUAUCACUGCAUUAUGCAUUACACCGGAUUCCACGCACCUGCUACUGUUCACGUCUUCCCUGUCUCUCCGCGUGUACGAGAUCCCCUCGUCAACCAUACCACUCAGCAAAUCGGUGCACCCUAUCCGCGUAGUACCCCGCGCGCACGACGCGCCGGUCCACGUAUGUAAGGCAGAUCCUACAUCCACAUACCUCGCUUCUGGUUCUGCGGACGGGGUCGUAAAGGUAUGGAACAUCCUGCGCGGGUACGUAACGCACGUCUUCAAGGGGCAUGGGGGAGUUGUCAGCGCUCUGGCGUUCAACUACCCCUUCGAUCCCUCGUCUGUCGCCCGAGAGCGCAAAAUGCAGCUCAUCACUGGGUCUGUCGACACGCGGAUACGCAUCUUCGACUUGUCUGCUGCUGCUGUGCGCACUGGCGCGGGACUGAAGCCUGAAGCUGUACUCGAAGGGCAUGUAUCUGUUCCUCGCGGUCUUGAUGUCUCUCCAGAUGGCAAGUGGUUGGUGAGCGGCGGACGAGACUCUGUAGUUCUUGUCUGGGAUAUCUCGUCCAGAGAGGUAUCAGGCACCAGAAAGUCGAAAAAUGACAAAGGGAAGAACAAAUACGUAGGGUUCGCCCCCGUCCUCUCCCAGACUAUACCUGUUCUGGAACGCGUGGAGGCUGUAGGACUGCUCCGUCCUGACGAAGACCUCGCUGGAACGACAUCUGGGCCGAACAAGUUGCGCUUGUACACUGCAGGAGAGAAGGGCGUGGUGCGCAUCUGGGACGCCCGGGAAGGCACCGUCCUGUUCACUCUAGGGCAAGAACAACAAAGUUUAGGUGAGGGCCAGGAAGAGCAGAGACAAAUUGUUGACGCCAUUUAUAUACCAUUUACAUCAACUAUCGCAUCCAUACAUGCCGACCAAAACAUCCUCUUCCACUCCCUGACGACCCAGUCGCUCUCCCGUCAACUCAUUGGAUUUAAUGACGAAAUCAUUGACGCAACAUUCCUUUCCCCCAACCUUCCCCUCCAACCCAACCCCUCCCGCACUAAGCUGACUGAUACUCACAUAGCACUGGCCACGAACUCCUCUCUUAUCCGCGUCUACUCUACCGCGUCCAUGGACGCGCGCCUGCUCUCCGGGCAUUCGGAAAUUGUCCUCUGCCUCGAUCACGGCGCUAGCGGACGCGCGCUCGCGAGUGGAAGCAAAGACCACUCCGCGCGAAUAUGGGCGCCCUCACACCAUAAUGAUCCAGACGGAGAGCCCACAAGCUCACCUGCGUCAGACUGGGGAUGCGUCGCGCUCUGCGAAGGACACGCCGAGAGCGUCGGUGCGAUCGCGAUGUCGCGGAAGGCAUGUGAGGCGGGAUUGGAGGGCGAUGCGGGCCUGCGGUUCAUGUUCACGGGCAGCCAGGACCGGACGAUCAAGAUGUGGGACCUGUCGGGCGUGCCGCUGUCGUACGCGGGGCCGGGCACGGAGGUGGUCAAGUGCAAGAGCUUCACGACGCACAAGGCGCACGAGAAGGACAUCAAUUCGCUCGACGUUGCGCCGAACGACCGGAUGCUCGUCUCAGGCUCGCAGGACCGCACCGCGAAGGUCUGGGCGGUCGACUAUCUCGUCACUGGCGGCGCGGCGCGCGGCGAGCUGCGCCUGCUCGGGACGUGCAAGGGGCACAAGCGGGGCGUGUGGUGUGUGCGCUUCGGGCGCACUGAGCGCGUGCUCGCCACGGGCAGUGGGGACAAGUCAGUCAAGUUGUGGAAUUUAGACGAUUUCACAUGCGUGAAGACGUUCGAGGGGCACACAAACUCUGUGCUCCGGGUCGAUUUUCUCAAUGCGGGCAUGCAGAUAGUUAGCGCGGCCAGCGAUGGGCUGGUCAAGCUGUGGAAUGUACGAGAGGAGGAAUGUGUCGCGACGAUGGACAACCAUGAGGAUAAGGUCUGGGCCCUCGCGGUUAGUACGGACGAGUCCACCAUUGUCUCCGGCGCGGCCGACUCUGUCGUCACCUUCUGGCAAGACUGCACAGAAGAGCAGGAAGUCGAGAAGGAGACCAAGCGCGCCGAGCUCGCUCUCAAAGAACAAGACUUCCAAAACUACCUCCACUUGCACGACUACCGCAGCGCGAUCCAGCUCGCGCUCGGGAUGCAGCAGCCCGGGCGGCUCCUCGCGCUCUUCAAAGCGCUUCCUGCCUCCUCCGCCGGGGACGCGAAAGCACAGAGCAUCACAGGGCACGCGACGGUCGAUGAAGUCCUGCGCACGCUCCCUGGCGUCGACCUCGCACGCCUGCUGCGCUACGUGCGCGACUGGAACGCCAACGCGCGCACGAGCACCGUUGCGCAGCGCGUGCUCCACGCGGUCGUCAAGCUGCGCCCCGCAGACGAAGUCCUCUCCGCGUUUUCCGCCGAGGGCGCCCUCGGGGCCCUUAGCGCGAACGUGUUCCCCGUGGAGGCAGAUGCGCACGGGGGUUCGCGGAGGGAAAACGGCGGUGCGACGGCGCUGAAGGAGUGGAUUGACGCGCUGAUUCCCUAUACAGAACGGCACCUUGCGCGGAUGGAGCGCCUGCUGCAGGACAGCUACGUCGUGGACUAUAUGCUUAGUGAGAUGGACGACGGGAUGUUCGAAGUGGGUGAUGAUGAUGCGUACGGUGAUGAGGGCGGCGUCGAUGUGCCUAUGCAGGUGGAUAGCCUCGUGGAUGUCGCGGCAUGA